GACGUACUUAUCUCAGAAAAAUAAAAAUACAGCUGAUCGAACGAUAGAUACAGAACAGAAGACACUAGUAGUAAACUCAGAAGUUUUGUUCGUGUCAGAAAAUGGUGGUUUUGUUCUAAAUAUGGCGAAUGCAGCAAAUCCUCUACCAUAUCUUAACAAACGGGAAUAUGGUCUACUUCUUGAUUUCAAGUCUCAUUUAUUUAAUAAACGACUGAAUGCUGCAAAAAAUUUAUAUCGUCGUGACUUAGUUUGCCAUUUCGGGUGUGUGAAUGCUAUUGAAUUUUCCAGCAAUGGAGAACUGCUCGUAUCAGGUGGAGAUGAUCGAAGGGUCAUGCUAUGGCAGUUUGGGCAGGCAAUGCUCAACUGCAGCAAGCCAGAGCCAAUGAAGGCUUUGCACCAGUCCAACAUUUUUUGUCUCGGCAUCACUAGUGAUAGCCAGAAGAUAUACUCUGGAGGAAACGAUGAUAUUGUGAUAGUACAUGACCUGGAAAGUAAAUCGCCUGUGGAAGUACUGCAGCAUCACCGGGCAGUGUGCAGUUUGAGUAUCAACCCGCAGAAUGAGCAGGUGGUGGCCACGGCUGGCAACGAUGGUCGUCUGCUGCUCUUUGACACCAGACAGUCUGUUCAUGAGUCCCUGGUGAUAUCACGAAGCAGGAAGGCAUUCCACGGCGUCAUGUUUCACCCGCAUCAAGUCGGCAUACUUGUGUCUGCGAAUGCCAGAGAUGGGGUCGCACUUUGGGACCUCCGUUCGCCCAAGCACCCAGCCCUCCGCUACGUGGGCAACAAGGGGUCUGUCCAGAACAGCAUGAGCGUCCGUUUCAACGCGGCCGGCACGCACAUCCUCGCUCUAAGGAGACGAUUGGCGCCCGUGCUCUACGCUAUACAGUCUCCGGAACCUGUGGCCGAGUUCUACCAUCAGGACUACUACAACUCGUGUACGAUGAAGAGUUGCUGUUUCGCUGGUGAGGGCGACCAGUUCGUGUUGUCGGGCUCCGACGACUUCAACCUGUACAUGUGGAAGAUACCUGACGGCGGCGGUGGGGGUUAUGACAUAGAGCCGCACAUCGUGUUAUACGGCCACCGGUCUAUCGUCAAUCAAGUUCGGUACAACCCCCACUAUUCCAUUAUCGCGUCAUCUGGAGUUGAGAAAAUUAUUAAGGUUUGGUCGACGAUGGAGUUCCCAGAAAUGCGAGGCGCGUUGCUGGAGGAGGCGCAGGGCUGCGACAACCCGCGCGGCAUCUACAGCCAUGAGGAGUACGUGUCUCUAGUGCACCACAGCGGGCAGUACAUAUCACACAACUACGCUGAACAGUCGACAUCGGAAGAUCCGCGUAUGAUGGCGUUUUUCGACUCGCUAGUGCAGCGCGAGCUGGAGUGCCUCGCCGAGGAGACGGACUCGCUGGACGGCUCCAGCUCCGCGACCGCGCCCCGCAACGGCUCGGAGUCGUCCGACAGCGAUCAGAUCGUCGCCGACUUUCUGCAGCUACCGCCUAAGCGAGCAAACCCUAAUCUGAGCCGCAACCAAAGGUGUUCAAAUAGAUUGGCGAGAUUAGUCGCCGCGAGGUUUCCUAAAAACUUGCGUUCACAGAAGCGUGGUUCACUAAGGCGGAGUAAACAGUCCCGCGCUUGCUCGCUCAACAAAAGCAAAUGCGGUGCGGCGGGCAAGGGCAAGCAGUGCGGCGGGCGCCGCAGCCGCGCGCCGCGCCGCCCGCCGCGCGCGCCCUCCGCGCCCUCCAGCGAGCGCACCGACUCCGACGAGCCCGCGCAGCGCCUCUACAGGGACGCCGGGAGGAUAUCAUUACGUAGACGUAUGAAUUUAUCGAGAUCAGCGAAGAGAAAAAGCAAAGUCACUAGUUAUAGAAAAAUUAUGAACUUAAGAAGUAAUGUGGCAGCGGCACAAGACAGCAGUGAUAACAAUAACUUUUCUAAUUUUAAUAAUUAUGAUGAAAAUUUAGCUCUUCCAAGCACAAGCACAGGUUACAGGGGUCAAAGUUCAUCGGCGUUAUUUCGGAUAGCGGAGGUGGAUUCAGACGACGAUCAAUCGGUUGGCAGUCGACCCAUAUCGCCUCGUAAUCAAAACGGCAACCACAGCAUCCCGCCAAACCUCAUAAGCAUCAUCCCCACUCCUAUCAACGGAUCUAGGGACUCCCUAGGAGACUCACUUCGAGUCGAACCACCAGAGUCUGAAAGCAACAACUCAUCCCCCCCACCCCCCGAGACACGUCUGAGAAUGAACCUGAGAAGGGUACGAAGAAACGGAAGACCCAGUCUCCACCGAUCAGACGACUCGAGUGAAUCGCCCCCUCCCAAAGAAAGUGCAGAUCGCGCCAAUACUUUGUUAGCCGAGAGGCUAUCACCAGAUGUGGGAUACAACCGAACUGUGGCUCGACUCAUGAAUGAAACAAACGAGAGUGAGUUGGAGAGCAGUUGCAGCACAGAGAGCAGCGUGUGGGCUGCUGGCAGCCUGCUGGGCACGCCCGACAGUGGCGUCGGCACCGUCGCGGGAAGCUCCACAAGACAGCCGCCCGCGGAAGAAGUCUCAGAUGACCCCGAAUACCAAGCAGUUAAGUUCAGACAAAGAAUAAAAAAAGCACGUCGUAGUUACAGAAAACAUAUGGAUUCUGAUUCGAACUGAUCUUGAGUGAAAUUUAUCAAUGUGUUCCAUAUUUUGGACGAAAAAGUGGCGACGUUCCGACGACUGUAUAUUCUACUGUUAUAACAUUAUAAGAUUUUGAAAUCUAUGUAAUCAAUAGGUGAUUGUAUGAGUUAGCUUAUAUGGUUCAAUAAUGCUUUCUUCCUAACCAAGUAGUUGAGAAUGCAGUUGGCUAAGAAAAUAUUUUUCUAACAUUCUUCUUAUAUUUGUCUUACACAUCCUUACAUUGUAAGGACUAAGAAUAUGACGUCACGCUACGAAAAUAAUAUUUAUGAAUGAAAACUUUCAUAUAUAACUUAAAAGAUAGAAGUUCUUGUUAAAAUACAAAAGAAAAAUAGACAAACAUAGGUUAGGAAAACUUAGCCGAUUGCACUUACGCAAAGAUGAAGGAGAGAUGUUUUUAAAAAGCUUUUGAAUCUCAUUUGUGUUUAGAGCGCUUCUUUAGUUUCCCAAUUCAAUUGAAAAAAAAAAUAUUUAUUCCAUGCCCUAGCGGGUUUUUGGGAUUUAUUAAAGCGUGCUAGAUAUAUGUAGGUACAGGGAGAAUCCUUGUAACCGGUUAAGUACUUCCACCAAAUAUGAGUCCCAUAUUAUAGGUACUCAUCAAGGAUUUGUAAAAUUUAAAAUUAAAAAAAAAUGAAAUUCUCGAGCGACAGAGGUAGAAUGAGUUUGUUACAUGAUAAACAUGUAUAUUCCACUAAUCUGUCCAUUUGAGAGGGAUGUAAAGAAAGGAGAGGGGAUACAAAGUUAAAAAAAUGUUUGGUGUUUUCAAAAUAUACAUAUAAUUUUUUUCUUAGAAUUACAAGUAUAAAAUCUGCCCAUUUUUUAUUUACGUGCUUUUUCUAGUUUGAGAGCUAUUUCAUAUUUCACGACGCGAAGGUGCAAUGCUGCUCUCAAUUGAUAUAAAUAAUUGUAUCUAAAACAAGACGAAAAUUAUAAAUGUUCUUCAUUUAUUAUCAGAAUUUGCGUAUCCCCUUCAGAUGUCAGUUUGCAUAAUAAAGAUGAACCAUAUAUAGGUACCUUUAUUAAUCUGACGCGCUUGAGUAUUUCAUAAUAGCGAAAAUCUAUCCGCUCCCUGCACCGCUCCAAAGGUAUAUAUUUUAUGGCAUUCUUUUCUAUUUAUUAUAGCUUCGCAACCAUAUAGGUCUCUAUGAAGCUCGAGUAAUUCCUGAUUUAGCAUCGAAGGCUCCCCUUACUAUAUAAAACAUAUUUUGUAUUUGGAUUAAGAGAUUGGACGAAAUGAUUUCGCUUUUUUAUAGUUUAUUAUCAUGAAAAUAUGUGAUUAUUAUAUUAUCAAGUACUUUAGCUAUAAGGUCGUCUUCAAUGUUCCCUGAAAAGCACAAAUACAUGCUGCUUUAAUAAAACAUGACGAAUAA